AUGGACACGCUCAAUAAAGUCCUACUGGACCCGAAAUACCAUGAUCUCCUCGCCAUCGUCAAGGGCAUGCGCAAUGGUGCCGUCUAUGGAGCCAAAAUCAGGGCGCCGCAUGCCGCCGUCAUGACUUUUCUAUUCAAGACUGGAACUUUCAGAGAACGCCUCGUCGCUAUCUUCAAAGCGACAAAGCAGCAUUCGCAGAAUCUAGCAGUCUAUGUGACCAUCUACAAGACAACCAUGUACGUCUUGCGUCAACUCAAUGGCAAAGAACGCAGCAUGGAUUCUUUCCUAGCAGGUCUUCUUGGCGGCUACGUCGUCUUUGGUGAAAACAACAACAUUAACCAGCAAAUGGUGCUGUAUGUCUUCAGUCGCAUUCUCCUCGGUGCAGCCAAUUCCUUCGCCAAUUCGCCCAGCUCACGGCAUCCAAAUCGACCACGCCUAGCAAGCCACGAAGUUCGGGAAAAGGCAUGGCCGGUCUUUGCUUCUGUGUGCUGGGCCAGUGUCAUGUGGCUCUGGCGACACUACCCAGACGAGCUGCAGCCGUCCCUGCGCAACAGUAUGAACUACCUGUACCUUCAAAGCGAUUCGUGGACGGAGCCUCGCAACUUCUUUUGGCAUAAUCAGUAA